GAGGAAGUGAACGCAGCAGCUACUAGCAUUUGGCUGUGAACGACAGCCAAGUUACAGAACUUUCACCGGAGUUAAUAAGAGACUGCAUCUUUAAAGAUUGCCAUAUGGAUUCUCCUUUGCAAUCUAAGAAGGCUAACGUGAAUCGAGAGCCGAAGCGCACCCAGAAUCAGUCGAGCACUCCUCCUCAGAAAGAUGCCUAUGCCAGGCUUCUCAGCCAGCACCGCAGCAGCAAGUUCAGUUUGUAUCUAGAGCAAUAUGCAAAGGACUUGUCAUGUCAAAGGGAAGGAAAUGGGCCAAGCACACUGCUCAAAGCCCAGAGUGACAGGCUGAACAUACCACAGAGAAAAAGAGACCAAGUGCCUAAUGAUUUCUCUGAUUCGAGUGACUUCUCCCCCUCUUCCUUGAGAAGUAAAGGAGAGGACAGUUCAUUGUCCUUGUACAUGGAGAAAAUAAGCAGUCGCAAUCCUCAGCAGGACUGUGAAAGGAAGCAAGGUGUGUCUGACAGGCAGCGACGGGGACAGAGAAGGGACACCACCACCAGCCAGGAUGGGGACAUUGAGUCUGGGGAGGAGCUCAGCUGUUUAACACCUAAUGAUUCGCACAAACCUCAGAAGCAGCAGAAGAAAAACAAGGACUCAAAAGGGACUGACUCGUUUGUUGGUCUUCCUCAUUCUCCAAAGAAAGCCAGUACAAGUGGACAGGAACAAGAAAAGAUGAUGAAGUCGAAGAAAAAGAAUCUGCCAAAGCAACCAGACGAGGACAGAAGCAGAGAAGGGCCUGGGGCUGACACUCAGUUGUCAAGGCCCAUGUCUCCUCAUGGUAAAGACAAAAAACCGCAGCAGCCCCGAGGUUUAACUACCAAUUCUCCUGCUGACAAACGUAAGAACAAAGGAGGCAGAGGGGCAAGGAAACAAGUGUUUGAGUCCUACAUGACAUUUGAGGAGGUUUCCCAUGGGCUUAAAAGAGGAGAGCUCAUUCAGGGACAACUGAGAAUCAACCCUAAGAAGUACCAUGAAGCUUUCAUCCCAUCUCCUGAUGACACGCGGGAUAUAUUUCUGGAUGGGAUUGUAGCUCGCAACAGAGCACUGAAUGGAGACAUUGUGGUGGUGCAAGUCCUACCUCAGGAACAGUGGAAGGUUGUGAGGUCAGAUACUGACUGUGAGGGUGCCAGUGAGUCAGAGGCCCAGAGAGAACACAUUGCACAAACAAUGCAGAAGAAGACAGAGCGCACCCGAAGGCCUGAUGUUAUUGUGGAGGACCAUUGCAGUGACCAGGAUGAAGUGUGCAGCAAACUUCAGAAUACCACUCUCACUGACACAGGGCGACGCCUGGAAGACCCCUCAACCCCGCGGUCCAAUGGUGAAAUACUCCAAAAGACUGCUAAAGUCGUGUACAUUGUUGAGAAGAAACACUCAAGAGCUGCGACAGGCUUCCUGAAGUUCCUACCAGACAAGCCCUUUGCCAUGUUCUCCCCCGUGGACCACCGCGUGCCAAGGAUUAACGUUCCCCUGCCCGACUGUCCUGAAGACUUCAGAUCCCGCUCGGGCGACUACACCAACACCCUGUUCAUCUGUCGCAUCACCAACUGGGAAGCCGACAGCAACUUUGCAGAUGGUCAACUUGCCAAGACCCUGGGGCAGGCGGGAGAAAUCGAGCCAGAGACGGAGGGCAUCCUGACAGAGUACAAUGUCGAUUUUACUGAGUUCUCAGAUGAGGUGCUGGACUGCCUCCCCAACAACCUGCCCUGGACCAUCCCGCCUGAGGAGAUGAUGAAGAGGAGAGACCUGAGGAAUGAGUGUAUCUUCACAAUCGACCCUGCGACCGCCAGAGAUCUGGAUGAUGCCCUGUCGUGUAAACAACUCCCAGAUGGGAACUUUGAGGUUGGAGUCCACAUUGCCGAUGUGAGUUAUUUUGUGGAGGAGGACAACGCUCUGGAUGCCAUUGCCAGCCAAAGAGCAACUAGUGUGUACCUUGUUCAAAAGGUGAUUCCCAUGUUACCUCGGCUGCUCUGUGAGGAGCUGUGCAGUCUCAACCCUCUCACCGACAGACUCACUUUCUCUGUUAUUUGGAAAAUCACACCCGAGGGGAAGAUCCUGAGUGAGUGGUUCGGCCGUUCAGUGAUCCGCUCCUGCGUGAAGUUGAGUUACGACCACGCUCAGAGUCUGAUCGAGGCCCCUGAGAAGAUGUUCUCAGCUGAGGAGCUGCCACCCGUGGAUCCUGUGCAUCCAAUAGAUGAGAUCCACCAGGCUGUGCUCAGUCUGCACUCUAUUGCCAAGAACCUCAGAGCCCAACGCUUUUCAGGCGGAGCGCUCAGACUGGACCAGUUGAAACUGUCUUUCACUCUGGACAAAGAGACCAUGAUGCCUCAAGGCUGCUAUGUUUACCAGUACAGAGACAGUAACAAGUUGGUUGAGGAGUUCAUGCUACUGGCUAACAUCGCCACUGCCCACCACAUCUACCGCAAAUUCCCUGCGCUGGCCCUGCUCAGACGCCACCCUCCACCAAAAACCAAGAUGGUGGAUGAGCUGCAGGAGCUGUGUGACCAGCUGGGCAUUAACGUCGACCUGUCCUCUGCAGGAGCAUUGCACAAGAGUCUCAAUACUACUCUUGGUGAUGAUGAGUACACCAGUGCCAGAAAAGAAGUCCUCACCCACAUGUGCUCCAGACCCAUGCAGAUGGCGUUGUACUUCUGCACAGGUGCACUGACGGACGAGCAGCUUUUUAAGCACUACGCCCUCAACGUUCCUCUCUACACUCACUUCACAUCACCCAUCAGACGCUACGCUGACAUCAUUGUGCACCGGCUGCUGGCUUCUUCCCUGAAGUGCGGGCCUCACUUAGGGCUGUCAACAGAAGAAGUCCAAAAACAGGCAUCGCAUUGUAACGACAAGAAGACGGUGUCGAAGAAAGUCCAGGAGCUCAGCUCUGAGCUCUUCUUUGGAGUGUUUGUAAAGGAAUGUGGCCCCCUGGACUCUGAGGCCAUGGUGAUGGGGGUGUUGGAUCAGUCCUUUGAUGUGCUGGUUCUCCGCUACGGAGUGCAGAAACGCAUCUACUGCAAGUCUGUGGCGGGCCUGGACUCAUUUCACCAUCGUAAGGUGGGGAAGAAAUCAGAGCUGACUCUGGUGUGGACACCAGAGGACGCAGAAGAAGCUCCGGUGGAACAGGUCAUUUCAGUCUUCACAUUGGUGGAGGUGCAGCUCAAGGCCGACAGCGCACCAAUGAAAUACAGUGCAGUGCUCAAGAGGCCCGACAGCACUGGGUCAUAAACACUGACAUGUGCCCAGGAGCACACAAACACUUAUAUACGGAAAUUUGGAAUUGCACAUUUUCUUUUGUUAAGUAAUGACAUGACUUGACAUGUAGUUUAGAGGCAGUGUUACUGUGGUACGCAGGAAGUCACUGAUCAGAUCAGAGUCAGGUUUCAUUUGCAAAUCUUGCUGAGAUUCAUAUCAACCUGAAGCAUCACGCCAGUGGUUUUUCUUGUUUUAGUCAUUUACUACAAAUAACGCACCCACCUCCACAUACAUGAACGCUGCUCAUUCUCCACGGUGUAUUAUAGUGUUUCAUGUUUUGUUGACUUUUCUCUGUCUUUCCUCUCAGCUUUUCUUUUAUUCAUUGACAUGAAAUACAGAAGUCAACAUUCAUGGUCUUACAACAUGUAUCCAUCACAGCAAUAAAGUCUGUAAUGGUAGGCUAUACCAUUACUGGUCAUAAUCUAGGCCUAAAUGAAGUCACUCAUGAGCAGACUUCAGUUUUUAUGUAACUCAGUAUGGAUUUGAAAUUGAAUUUGGCCUCAGGUCUGACUAAAAGAACCAAGGCAGCAAUGAGUUUUAUUUUGCUGUUGAUUUAUUGACCUAAUGAGGUCAGUUUUGAUGUGAUAUAAUUGUGGCACAGUCUAAUGUGUGAAAACUGAUUUUUUUAACUAUUUUUAGUUUAAUACCGAUAAGUGGUUUCCUGAUUAGAUUGAGGAGUUGUGUUUGCAGACAACAGAGGAAACCCACACUGCAGAAUUUUACUUAUUGGCUAAAGUUUGGCCGUGGUGAUUGUGAUAUAACUUGUGGUGGUCACAGAGGAGCUACUUAGGUAAAACGGUUCAUAUGUAGCAUUAAUAGAAAGGUAGAAAGUUCAGAGUCACUCAACAGGUAUAGUAACAUUUGCGUAGGAACAAAGUAACACCAUCCAGGACUUUUUAUAUUGCCAGGGUGUGUAUUGUUUUAUGCAGGACGAGUGUUAUUUUGUGUUUUACCGGGUUGUUGGUUGAUUUAAGUUCUUAAAUUGAGAGUGUCGUGGAUCCAACCCGUUCUAGUCUACGAUGAUAUAACUGAGGUGUGCAAGUGAGGCCAAAGGUAGAUCAUUCAUCAACUCAUUGUUAUUGUUUUUAAUACAAAAUAUGGGAAUGACUUGAAUGUGAAAUGCUGCUGAAAAUGGUUGGUGGCCUUAAGAUCUUGAUUCAUUUUAUGUUGGUUCAAGUGCUUCCAACUGUUUUUUGUAAUUUUUUCUUUCUGUGCCUAAACUUGAUUUGUGCAGCACAAGUACUUAAUAGACCUCGUUAAGAUCAACUGUGAAGUUCAGCCUUACUUUACUCAAGUCAACAUAGGACAUAAUUUCAGUGCAGCUGCACAUUUUAAAAAUGGAUGUGGACCCAACCUUUGCUUUAUCUGAGUCAGUACGCCUCUUCAGUUGUCACUCAGUCUCAUUCUGAUUGAACAGUGCCAUGUGGUCAUAGAAAUUAGCUGCUACGUCUGCACCAUUAUUUGUCAAAUUUUUGUUUGGCAGUUUGUUUUUAGGUUUGUGUCAGAUUUUUUUGAAAGGUUACCAGCUAAUACUUUUAAGUUAUUUAUGGACUAAUAAUAUUUGACAUGGGCUUUAAACGUAUUUUUAAACCAGCAAGUAGUUGUACUGUUGUAAAUGUGUUUUUGUGAUUUAGAGAUGAAAAAGAAUAACAUUUGAAAGCCUUUGAAUCUAGUUAAGUCAAAAGAAGAUUGAACUAUAGCCUCUGUAUCUUCUGUAUAACGUCACCUGUAACUUUCAUUCUGGUCGAUAUUCAAAGUGCAUUUGUUCUCUGCUAACCCAGUAUACAGAGCAAUAGACAGUUGUCUCUAUCUCUACAAAAAUAAAUACACACAUGAAACCCACUGGGAAAAUAUUGA